GUAUAAAACUGCAAGUAGGCUUGUCCAUUGCAAUCGAUCGAGAUCAGCUAACUAGCAGCAGCAUUAGUUUUAUAGUUCUCACUAAAAAUACAUCAACAUUUUUGCAUCAUGAUGUCUCAGAAAAUAACUUUGUACUUUUCGACCAUCUCAAGCAACCAAAACAUAAAAAAGGCACAACAGAGAAUACAAAUGGUGCUUGAUGGAAAGGGCAUAAGCUAUGAAAUUGUUGACAUUGCUUCAUCUGUAGAGGACAAAACUAAAAUGAGGGAAAUUGUUGGUGAUGACACUGCACUACCACCUCAAAUUAUCAAUGAUGGAAACUACUGUGGUGACUUUGAAGCCUUUGAUGCAGCAGUAGAGAAUGAAGAGUUGGAGCAGUUUCUCAAAAUGAAGUAAAGCACUACUAUAAAAGGGAAUAUUUGAGAGAUGAAAGAUAUUUCAACACAGAAUAACAUUUAUUUUGGUCUUAAACCUUUGCACUUUUGAUUCCUUGUAAAUUGACAAAUUGACUACAAAAACUAUCAAUUCUAAAGAAAACAAGCGAUUCUCUUUACAUCCCAAAUGUAAUGCAUUGCUUUGAAUGAACUUUAUCAGACUUUGCAACCAACACAAGAUGUUCACAAAAAGCCAAGAAUCAGAGAUGUGAUUUUGCCUAGACUAAGUUUUGUAGAAUAUAUGUUACUAAACAGUUUCUGAAUCUAAGUUUUCCCAUGAAAGUCAGUCAAUGUCCUUA